UUUCCUUCGAUUCUUUUCUUUUUACAGAAUUCACGUUUCUCUGUCUUCUUUGCUCUGCCUAACAAAUUUUUGCUUUCAUGGCUAAUUUCACUUCCUCUCCUUCGCCUUCUAUUGCUGCUGCUUGUUCGUUGUUCGAGAAGCCGAUCGCAUUAACGACGGCUUCAUCUUCGUCGUUGCCGCCGCCGUCUUCUUUUGGUGGAGCACUUGACGACGGUGUCGAAGACGGCUGCUGUAUCUGUCUCGAGCCUUUCACUGUUCAUGACCCCACCAGUGUUACCAGUUGCAGACAUGAAUAUCAUCUUCAAUGCAUUCUUGAAUGGUCACAAAGAAGCAAAGAGUGUCCAAUAUGUUGGCAGUCAUUUGUCCUAAAGGACCCUGCCAGUCAACAGCUUCUAGAUGCUGUCAGAAUUGAAAGGAACUACAGGUCAAGGAACACAUCAGUCAUGCCCACAGAUUUGCAUCACUUCCACGACAGCUUUGGUGUUGAGGAGGAUGCGUUUCAUUCAGAUGACUCGGACUUUGAUGAACACAUUUUGCAGCAUCUAGCAUUUGCUGCGAGCAGAGUUCGUUAUGUUCGCAGAAGGGAAAGACAAAGAUCUUCUGGACUUGGCCCUUCGCAAGUGUUUUUUUCUACCUCUCCUGAAAACAUGCCAGGCACGCUGCAUCUAUAUCCAAAUUCACCUGAUGAAAGCCAAACCUUGAGUCAUGGGUUACCCCAGUGUGAUUCACGUGCUUCGGGCAUACCAUUAGUUAUUACUAGCCCUCGGUCACCCGUGACUCCAUCUGUUAACAGGGUAUCUAGUGCUGCUUCCAGUGGAGAUGAAGCUAUCAAAUUGAGUCAACCACCAGUAGGUACUCCAAGUAGACCAAGCUCAGCUGAAUCAGUCUCUUUCUCCGAGUCUAUAAAAUCUAAAUGGUCCAAUGCUUCAGCCAGAUAUAAGGAAUCAAUUUCUAAAGGUACCAGAGGUCUGAAAGAGAAGCUUCUUGCCCGUAAUAACUCUGUUAAGGAGGUCAGCAAGGGAGUGCAGCGUGAGAUGAGUGCCGGGGUUGCAAAAAUGAUUGAGCGACUAGAUAUUUCUUCGAAAAGACCUGGAGCCUCCAAGCCUGCUUCUGGUGGCACAGGCUGCACCUUAAACUUUUUAUUUAAGGGAAAGGACGUGGAAGAAAAUGUUAUUGCUCAGAGUCUUGCUAAUAACCACGUAGAAUUUGCUCGUGGUUUAAAAUCCGAAGCACCAUCUCAUCUCUCUAGUAUCACGCCUGACAAACUAGAAGCUUCUCUCCACCAGAGUGAUCAAUGAUGCAUUUGGCACAAGGCAUUGGCUGAUUGGUGGUGGCAAUAACUUUUUUCGUCAUGAUGGAUAUUAUCUAAUGCAAGUGGCGUAAAGUGAGGACACUGAUUUAGCGGGUUGUCUCGCGUCCUGCAUUGCUUAUUUCUUUAUACAUGUGCCAAGAGUCUCAACUUUAGUUGUCAAAAUCACUCCUAGGAAAAGUGUUUAUUUUUCUCUCCUAUUCGGUAUGCUGUUUGUAUAUUUGAUCACUCACAACACAAGUUUGACAUUCAGCUUUCAUUUGGGCCUUUUGAUCUAAAUGUGAAAAA